UUUUUUAUGCAGGGUUGUGGGGAGGGAAAACCAAACAAGAAGAAACCACUUACAUUCCUUCAUCCUGCCCACCCCCAGGGUGUUAAAUGGGUGGCUGCAGGUGUAGAUCUGCUGAUGUAAUUUUUCCCAGCCUGACCCCUGGUGUGUGGAAGGAGGCAGUGGCUGCAGCUCUGGCGCUGCCCUACCUCAGGGGGAGAGGCAGUGGAAAUGCUGCACCUUUGGGCUCACCCUGCCAGGUGAGAACACAAGGUCUGAUUGUGUUCAGAUGUUUGCCUUGGGCGUGAUUGGAGCCUGUGGGUGUGGAAGAGGCAGAGGGUUCCCGUUCCCUGAGCAAGAAGAGGCAGAGGGUUCCCAUCUGUGUGUCCAUCGCUUGUGGGAGCGAGUCCUCUGCAUYACAAGAACGUCCUCUUUGCUCCUGGGGUGGGGCUCAUUGGGGGGUGGCAGGGGGUAAAUCCACACCUACAACUUGCUCUGUCAAAGGGAUGCUGCCCCAGCUAAUAUCAUGUGUCAGAGGAAUUCCUUGUUCAGUACUCUAUUGGGCUGUGUAAUUAAUUCUAGUUUAAAUGAUCUUAAGUGUGAGAUCUACCAACCCAGUGUGAUCUUCUCCGUUAUUUAUUCCAUUUGGUGCGAUCCACCCAGCCUUGGUGUUGAAAUUAAACUGGUUGAAUUCACUUUUCAUUCCUUAUUUUUGCUUUAUUCUCCAGGCACCUGCUUGGUGUUUGUGUUUCAAAUGUGUAUUUAAAUUAAUUAAAAAAAAAAUUUGUUUUUAAUGUUUAAAAGAAAGCCACCUCUGUUUCACUGUUCUUAAGUUAGGUUUUCGUGAACCUUGUAUGUUGAGGGCCUUCUUCAUUGACGCAUCCUUUUUCUCUUUGAAAAAGUUGUUCUGUGGCUGAUUUGUUACUUGUCACUUUGCAUAUGUGAAUAWUUUUUUUUCUUUAUUUUUUUUAAUGACUUCUCUCUGUAUCUGGGAAGGAAUCUGUGCAAAGGCCAUGAUAGAUGUCUGUGCUCUGUGUAGUGCUGUGAUGCUGCUCUUACUCUGGAUUUCUCUUGGGUGGAUUAAAAGAGAAAGAUUUAUUUUAUUUUUUUCUUUAAGGUGCCCCAUUCCUUGCUGCUUUUUGAUUUACAAAAAGGGUCCCCAAAAGAGACUUUGCUGAUAAAAGUUGUAGGGUUUCAGGUUGCCUUUCUGCCUGCAAGAAUUGUCCUCUGAAACUGAGUGACUUGUGGCUGCAAGGAUGUGCGUGGAGUGCAGGAAAACGAGAGUGGGCGGAUAAAGGACCGGGUAGGAGGUGGCCUCUCCCUGCACCGAGUUUACCGUCCGGCACGGCGCGGCACGGCACGGCACCAUGGCAGCGCCGGACAAGGACGGGGAAGCCCAGAAGCUGCGGUUCGGGCAGUGGCUGCUGAACGCCAUCAACAGCGGGAACUACCGGGGGCUGCGCUGGAUCGACCCUGCCCGCACCACCUUCCGCGUCCCYUGGAAGCACAACGCCAGGAAGGACAUCACCAGCAGCGACCUGGAGGUCUUCAAGGGCUGGGCAAAGGCCAGUGGACGCUAUGAGGAAGGCUUUGAGGACCCGGCCAAGUGGAAGACCAACUUCCGCUGUGCCCUGAGCAGCACCCAYUUGUUCAAGCUGGAAGAGGACAACUCCAAGCGUGGUGAUGACCCACACAAGGUCUUCUCUGUUGUCUCAGCCAUCCUCCAGCCCAGCAGGGAGGGAGAUUACAGCAUYGCUAACCCUGUGGUGGAGCAGCAGCCAGCACAACAGCAGCUGCRCAUAGCUGGGUGUGCACAGCAGCUGGAGCUUGACCCCCAAGACAUGGCCUCAGCAACUGCUCUCCCAGGAAGCAUUGACCCUACACAGCUCUCGAUUCUGGAGGGGCUGCUGCAGCAGUGUGAGAUCUCCCCCUCUAACCUUGGCUCAUCCUGGGUGCCCACAGGCGACACUCCCCACCAGGACAUCGUGUUCCAGCUGCACCAGGACACCCUGCUCCAGCCUCACCAGGACACCCUGCUCCAGCCUCACCAGGACACCCUGCUCCAGCCUCACCUGGACAUCAUGCUCCAGCCCCACCAGGACCCCCUGCUUCAGUCUUAUGCAGACUCCAGCCAAAACAACUGCUUCCCUGCCACGGCAUUUCCGCAAUGCAUGCCCACGGUGGAGCAGCCCACCUUGGCCACCUACCACCCGCCAGGCCUUAUGCCACCAGAGGAGACAGGGGCCAUGCCACCGCCGUGCCACGUGACAGAGGGCACGGUCCCCAUGCAGUACCCGGCACAGGCAACGUUCUAUGUCCCUGCCRCCAGCCCUGCGCCACAGCCACGCCUGCUGGUGGGUAAUGCAGAUGACACKGUCUUCAGCCUGGAUGUCACCAUCUACUACCGGGGGAAGCUGUUCCACCAGGAGGAGGUUGGAGGCAGCCACUGCCUGCUGACGUACCAGCCCUGCAGCCUGCCACAGGCACCGUGCCCCCUGCAYGUGGUGCAUUUCCCCAGCCCCGCCGGCAUGGCCGACCGCAAGCAGCGGCGCAUCACCGAGAAMCUGCUGCGCGUGGCGGGGCUGCAGCUGGAGCAACGCGCCCAAAAGGUCUUUGCCACCCGCCGGGAGAAGUGCAAGGUGUUCUGGGCCUUGUCCCAGCAGCUUGAGGGGGUCGAGGAGCCCCCUCCCAACCUGCUUUGCCGGGACCAGGAAACCCCUAUCUUUGAUUUCCGUGAGUUUUGCACAGAGCUAAGGGACUUCCGUAAUGGCCAAAGGCGGCGAUCCCCUGACUUCACCAUCUACCUCUGCUUCGGGCAGGCCUUCUCCAAGGCCAAGCCUAAGGAGUCCAAGCUCAUCCUGGUCAAGCUGGUGCCCAAGCUCUGCGAGUACUUCUACGAGCAGGUGCUGCAGGAGGGAGCCUCCUCCCUMGACAGCCGCAGCAUCAGCCUGCAGCUCUCCAAGUCCUUCGAUCUCAUGGAGCUCAUCGAGCAGUACAACAUGCAGCUGGGCUGA